GAGUACUUUGGGAAAAUCGAUUUUCUCUACUCUGUGUUAGAAUAAGUAGUUUGGGAACCAUUGACAGUACAUGAUCAAUUUGAGGAAGAUGUUGAAGCAACCAUGGCCUCUUUCAGCGUCUUUUUGCAGUCUAUGCUUUCUCAGCUGCUUCUGGUUUCAAGUGUACAUGGCUCAAAAUGCUACUACCGAUCCAUCUGAAGUGACGGCGUUGUUCUCAAUAUUCCGGAAAUGGGACAUGCAAGCCCUGCCUAUCCGUGGAGGAGAGCCAUGCAUUGGAUUUGCCACCAAUGGAAGCGAGUUUGAAAAGCCAGAGAAUAAUCCAGCCGUCAGUUGUGACUGUACUUAUAACAAAAAUACUACCUGCCACAUUACCAAACUGAGAGUUCAUGCUCGGAACAAACCAGGGGUGUUUCCAGAAGAAUUUGUGGCUUUUAGAUAUCUGGCCGUUUUGAAACUUGAUAAGAAUUAUUUCACGGGUCCCCUACCAGCAUUCAUCGGCAAUAUGUCUACGUUGAUGGUAUUGUCAAUUUCCCACAAUUCAUUCUCUGGGCCCAUCCCCAAGGAGCUUGGAAACCUUAAGGAGCUAACUAUGCUGUCCUUUGGAUCAAAUAAUUUCUCCGGAACACUCCCUCCAGAACUUGGUAACUUAGUCAAGCUCGAGCAAUUUUACAUGGACAGCUGUGGACUAGGUGGAGAAAUUCCUUCAACAUUUGCUAAGCUCAUCAACAUGAAAAUCCUAGAUUUGUCUUACAACUAUUUCUCAGGAAGCUUUCCCCCAUGGGCAACCACAAUAUCGCAACUGAAUUUAGUGGUCAACAACUUCACAUUUGACAGUUCAAACAUAACUCUUCCUGGGUUGAAUUGCCUCCAGAGGAAUUUUCCAUGCAAUCGAAAUACCCCACUAUAUACAAACUUCUCAAUCAAGUGUGGAGGACCACAAAUGAGAGGAAGUGGCGGGAUAUUGUAUGAGGCUGAAGACUCAGCUCUUGGCCCAGCAACAUUUAAUGUAACUAGUACGAAAUGGGCUGUUAGCAAUGCGGGUUUUUCUGAUAAAAAGAAUCAAUCAUUUGUGAAAACCACCCGUACGCAAGUCUCCGGUGCAGAUUUGACCCCAGCGCUUUUCAAGACUUCAAGAAUGUCCACAGGUUCACUGAGAUACUAUGGCCUGGGUCUUAAGAAUGGACCUUAUACUGUAACAUUGCAAUUUGCCGAAACUGUUUUUGCUAGCCGCGAUACACAAACUUCGCAAAGUCUAGGAAGGCGUGUAUUUGAUAUCUAUAUUCAAGGGAACCUCAGAAGGAAGGACUUCGACAUAUCGAAGGAGGCAGGUGGGGUUAACAGAGCAGUUCCGACACCCUUCAAGGUUGAUGUGAUAGAGAAUUACCUAGAUAUUCAUCUGUUCUGGGCUGGUAAGGGAACAUGUUGCAUACCUGAAGAAGGUGAUUACGGCCCGCUAAUAUCAGCUGUCCACGCUGCUUCAGAUACACCAACUACUCGAGGAAAGAAGAGCAGGAUUGGGUUGAUAGUUGGUAUUGCAGUCCCUAUCGGAGUAGUGAUCUUGCUAUUAUUAUUUGCAGUUUUAUAUAUGCGGAGAAAAACAUCAGCAAAAGAUGACGAUGAAGAUCUUCUAGGAUUAGGUCCCCGACCAAAUACUUUCAGUUAUGCUGAGUUGGGAGCUGCAACAAAAGAUUUCAAUCCUUCAAAUAAGCUAGGAGAGGGAGGAUAUGGACCUGUUUAUAAGGGUACACUUUCUGAUGGGAGGGUAGUGGCUGUGAAGCAACUUUCAGUAGCAUCUCACCAAGGGAAGAGUCAAUUUGUAACUGAGAUUGCUACAAUAUCUACAGUCCAACAUCGCAAUCUUGUGAAAUUGUAUGGAUGCUGCAUUGAAGGAAGCCACCGUAUUUUGGUUUAUGAGUAUCUUGAAAACAAGAGGCUUCAUCAGGCACUUUUUGGAAGAAAUGACUUGCACCUUGACUGGCCUACCCGCUUCAAUAUAUUGUUGGGAACAGCAAGAGGACUUGCUUACCUUCACGAGGAGUCAAAGCCCAGGAUUGUACAUCGAGAUGUCAAAGCCAGUAAUAUUUUGCUAGAUGCUGAACUCUCCCCGAAAAUAUCAGAUUUUGGAUGGGCAAAGGAAAGGGCAUGGACUCUACAUGAAAACGACCAGAGUCUGGGGCUGGUGGAUCCGAGAUUGACAGAGUUUGAUGAAAAUGACGCAACUAGAUUGAUAAAAGCAGCUCUCCUCUGCACUCAGGCUUCACCAAUGAUGAAGCCAUCGAUGUCACGUGUGGUGGCAAUACUUUCUGGAGAUAUUGAAGCAAGCACUGUUAUGUCAAAGCCAAGUUAUUUGGCAGAUUGGGAUUUCAAAGAUGUAACCACAAGUAGCUUUUUGGUGGAUGAUGAUACCUCAUCAACUGAGAGCAAUGUUCUCCUCAACCAUCAGUCUGAAGGGAGCACAACUGGUGCUAGCCCCAGGAUUGACCCUGCCCCGUCUCCGGUAAAUGUGACUGGAUCAAUGCUCACUGGCAUUAUAGGAGAAGGAAUGUGAGAAGUAAGAAGUUUCCAUUGUCUUUCCCUUGCUGUAAAUCUGUGACUCUCUCACUGCUAAAACUUUUCUACAUUUUGUACUUGUCUUUGUGUCUUUCUGCCUUUAGUUUAUGGGAAUGAUGAUA